AUGAGAGGCAAUGAACCGUGUGGUGAGCUAAGGCCGGGUUCAACCCGCUGUCAGAGAGGCAAAACCGAAAAGUCCCACCUUUCCCCAGUGGUGGUCUUGGACCCUCAAGAAGUGGCGGUGUGGCUGGCAAGCAUGAAACUCAACAAAAAGGCAGAUACUCAACCCCCCUGCCAGGAGCCGGUAUCUCCUCUAGGCCCUCAAAGAGUCUUGGAGAAUAAAUAUGGAAAGGGCAGGGCUGUCCCUGGCGAGGGAAGCACCUGUAGGAGAGCCUGCAUCAGCGGCUUCAGCGCCAGCCGCUGGGGGAGGCAAACGAGACAACGUCCAAAAAGGCACAAAACUAAGAAGAGACAGCAGCAGCCUAAUAACUCCCUCUUCCAAUCACAGAUGAGGCAAAAACGAAUGAAGAGGGAUGUUCUGGAGAUGUCUGCAGAUAUAAGAGACUAUGACUACUCCCUCCUCAAUAGCCCCCAUUCCUGGGGUAGACUUCGAGCAUCUUUGUCCUUCCAUAAGAAGAAGAAAGUUGCCACCGCAGAAGACAGUUCCUGCAACAGCAUCCUUUGCACCCCCUCUGUGAAAUCCCACCUUUCAAGACACCAAACAACCUUCUCUUCUGGUAAGGCCCAGUGCUGCACUUGGUCUGCUUCCUCCAUGGUCCUGCUGGCUCCCAUGAAUUCCUGUUCUGCCCUGGAACUAAUGCUUACAGAUGCAGAUAAAGUUUUUGGAGAAUGCCAGCAGGAGGGGCCUAUCACUUUUGAGGAAUGCAUUCCUCUAGAUAAGAUGAAAAAUUGCAAGAAAAUUGGAGAAGGGGUGUUUGGAGAAGUCUUCCAGAUCAACAGUGAGAGAGGACCUGUGGCCUUAAAAAUAAUUCCCAUUGAGGGGACUGAAAGAGUAAAUGGUGAAGCUCAGAAGAGCUUUGGAGAGAUUCUGCCUGAGAUAAUAAUUUCAAAAGAACUCAGUCUUCUGUCUGAAGAGUCUGUGAAUAGCACUGUUGGGUUCAUCAGCUUGUACUCUGUGCACUGCGUUCAAGGGGCCUAUCCCAAGUAUCUCCUGAAAGCCUGGGACAAAUACCACAAAGUAACAGGAUCAGAAAAUGAUCGACCAGACCUUUUUGGGGACGAGCAGCUCUUCAUGGUUCUGGAGUUUGAAUUUGGAGGCAGCGACUUGGAGAAUAUGAGAAAGAACCUCAGUUCAGUGGCAUCAGCAAAAAGCAUUUUGCACCAGAUCACUGCUUCCCUGGCUGUGGCAGAACAGGAACUGCACUUCGAGCACAGAGACUUGCACUGGGGGAACGUGCUGGUAAAGAAAACGGAUGUAAGGGAGCUUAAUUAUGUGUUGAAUGGGGCAACACACACAAUCCCCACUUCAGGGCUUCACGUCAACAUCAUAGAUUAUACCUUGUCACGGCUGGAAAAGGACGGGUUAACUGUGUUUUGUGACCUUUCCACUGAUGAAGAAUUGUUUCAAGGCACAGGAGACUAUCAGUUUGAUAUCUACAGGCAAAUGAAAGUGGAGAACUCCAACAACUGGACUGACUACCAUCCACACAGCAACGUCCUCUGGCUGCACUACUUGUCAGAUAAACUUUUGAAAGACAUGGUCUACAGGAAAAAGGAAUUGACUUCUUCCAUGAGGAAAACAAAGCAGCAGCUCAUUAAGUUCCAUAAAGAAGUACUGACCUUUGAGUCUGCCAGUGAAGUUUUACAAAACAGCAGCCUCUUCCAGUGAGCAAGAGCUCAGGGUUUCCAAGGACUAAGUCACUGAUACAUAAAAAACAGCAAAGGAGAAAGGCAGUAUGAUGUUUUCAAAUGUUGGCACAACAAAAAAGUGUUAUGAUUGGUUAUCAGUGUGUAUAACAUGCUAUCAAAAAUUUCUAAAACACCCGAAAAAGUCUUCUCCUUUAAGAUGUUUCCAUAUGUACUUUUUUUGAGGGGUGAUGGGGCCAAGAAAGAGCUGAGUUGAUGUUUGAGCAGAGGAGAAAAAGAUUUCUUCAGGCUCAAAUAAUGUUUUGAAUUCCACAGAAAUCUUACCUUUUAGUCUUAGAUUAUUAAAAUUUUUUUCUUACUA